AUAUCGUACGUUGUAUUGCCGUUUUCCAUUUUUCACGUGUACGGACAUGACCGUCCGGCGACCGGUCCGCGGAAACUGCAGUCACGCUGCGAUUUUCUCGCAGUAAUAACGUUCGCACCGUCACCUGCCGCACGACAAUAACAUAAUACAUAUAGGUAUACAGUGUUGUUAUUAUGGGCAACAAAUGCUGCAAGAACCAGUCGUCCACGUACAGUAGCGCCGGAGCGACCAUCAGGUCGUUCUCGUCUUAUAACUCUUCGAUCCUCCGGUCGGGCGGAAGUCAUGCAAUUACUUUUGGAACCUCUACUCGUGCUGGUGAUUCCUUGACCACUCUCACUAUGAAGUCGAGUAACCACUCGGAUGCCGGAAGUAAGGAUUACCGGGGUGGUUCAUCGAGCACCAUUGGCCAAGAAGAUCUGAUUCCAAUUUUUUUGAGACGCCUUAAUGACCUUAACAUAAGAGUCGGAACUAGAACUAGGUUUUUAAUCGAACUUGACGACGCUACGGGUGUUGAGGUUCGUUGGUAUCAUAACAAUGUAGAGGCCAACAGUGAAAGAUACCAAUACAUUCACGAAGGAGGUUUUUAUUGUUUGGACAUUGUUCCUGUGACGUUAUUCGACGAAGGUCUAUGGGUGUGUACCGCGCAAAACUACGCCGGUAAAUCAUCGACCGCCGCUCAUUUAUCGCUUACCGUUCCUAAAGCGUUCAAAAAACCAAUUUUCGUCGAACAAUUGAAAGCAGUGCUGACGCAACGCGGAAUCGUCUCACUGGAGUGCAAGGUAAUCGGCGUCCCGACGCCCAAGUUACGAUGGUAUAAAGACGACAAGGAGAUCAAAGCCGGCGACAUAUUCGCGCUAACGGCGAAUUCCGAAGAAGACUGCCUGGGAAUUUACACGUGUGAGGCGACAAAUGUCAUGGGCACCGCGCUGUCUACGUCAAAAAUACAAGUGACUCACACGCCACUCGAUGGAAAUCGUGACGCAGACAGCCUCAUACCAUACGGACCGCCACCGAAGUUCAUGAAAUUUUUAAAAGAUGCAUCCGGUAAAGUCGGUAGUGUACUGUUUUUAGAAUGUCAAGUCGAAGUACCACCAUGGCCUCGAAGUAUUGGAUGGUACAACGAUAAUGGAAUAGUAAAUGAAGGGCCGUUGUACCACCUGAUGGCUGAUGGCUUGGGCAUGUACGGCGUAGAAAUAAAAUCUCUCAGAGCCGAUCACAGUACUACUUGGAAAUGUAUUGCUACCAGUUCGACGGGAGCAAAGGCCGUCACUUCCUGUGUAGUCUCAGUGUCAUACCCAAAGAAUUACCGAGUGCCAAGAUUUUUAGAAAGUCUAAGGGCGAUCAUGACCGACGAAGGUUUAGUAAGCUUUGAGUGCAAAGUCAUUGGAUACCCCACACCACAAUUGUCCUGGUUUAAAGACGGCAAACAACUUCAACCCGGAGACGUUUAUGAGUUAACUGGAAGUAAAUCUUUAGGUAGUUACUGUUGUGUCGCUCGAAAUUGUAUGGGCGAAACAAGUAGCAUUGCUGAACUUACGAUAGAAGACAUCCAAAAUCAACUGAACGAAAGUGAAAAACUCCAAUUAACGUCAAAUACACAGCCCCCACGAUUUUUAUUGGGACUUAAGAGUAUUGAGGCUAACAUAAAUGAAUCUUUUGUUUUUACAAUUAAAGUUACAACUGAAUCUACACCUUCAAUCAGCUGGUAUAAAGAAGACGAACAAUUAACUGAAUCAAAUCGAUACCAAUUUUCUACUGAAGACAAUGGGACAUAUAUGCUAAGUAUAUUGCCACUUGAAAUUGAUGAUCAAGCUGAAUGGAAGUGUGUAGCAAUCAACAAAUAUGGUCAAACUGUAACGUCCAGUUUUUUGAAGUUAAAUAUUCCAAAAACUUUCAAAAGUCCAAGAUUCCUCGAGGAACUGAGAAUAGCGUUUUCGAACGAGGGUUCGGUUAAUUUGGAGUGCAAAGUGAUAGGCGUUCCACAACCGCAACUUAAAUGGUUCAAAGAUGGCCAAGAACUAAAUCCAGGUGAUAUGCACAAAAUAAUUUCUGGUCAAAGCGGUACAUGCUGUCUGGGAACUUAUACAUGCCAGGCACACAACUGUAUGGGCACGGUAUCCAGUUCAGCAACACUAUUAACAAUGGAAGAUAAGUCCACGGUUAAAUCAUGCGCUUCCGAAGAGUAUCUGUCCGUUGGAAAUCCGCUUGUACGAAAUGAAUCUCUGUCAACAAUUCCUGAAGAGCGAACAAGCCAAAUGGAAAAAUCAUACACUAUCGAAGAACCUGCAGAUAUAUCGUUUUCAUUUGAUGGCAAAGAAGUGACCGUUUCGCUUUAUGAAACUCCGGACCUAACGCAUGACGAAGCAUUGCAAAUCAUUGAAAUGUAUGCAGAUGAACUUUCUGAACAUAUAUCAGAAGACAAUGUUGUUGAUUUGCCAUCGUUGAGAAUUGUAAAAGAAUCAUCGAUUUCCGGACCAGUUAUGAUGGAAGCUUUGGUUAUAGACGUACCUAUUGAUUUUUGUAGACAACAAAUAGUAUCAGACACUGAAUUCGACGGUGUUUCCUUGACCGAAGAUAUAACACUUGCAAAUAACGAUAAAAGUGAUAGUAUAUAUGAAAACAGUCUGGAAUAUUUUUCAGACCACUUGUCGUCUGGAAAUUCGAAACGUGAGAUAUUUUACAGUGCUAGUGAGACGACGCCUAAAAAUUUAUCAAUGAUAUUAAAACAGCAAUCGGUAGAAGAUGAAGAUGAACAUCAAUCUUUCCAGACACCAAAAUUAUUUAUGUCAGACUCUGACGAUCAGAUUUUAACGCAGUUGAAAUUGGAUGAAAGAAUUUCACCUCAGAAUUCUAGACACGUAAUUGGGCCGUUUGCUCGGUCCGAGAGCAAUAACACCGAAGAAGAAGUGUCGGAAACACUAGCUGAAAUAGAAAACGAACCACCAUUAUCGCAUAAUUAUUGCGCAUCUGAAAUUGUAACUCAAUCUGAAAAAGAUGGAUUAUAUUCAACAGUAUUGAAUAAAAUACAAGCUAAGGGUAUGGCGAGUGUGGCACUUAGUUCUGAAGAAGACGACGUUUUGAAAAUUAUUUCCAGACCAAAUGUGGACGAAUUUUUAAAAUACAUGAAAAUUAUUUUGGAAGGAGCUAUAGUUAAGAUGCAGACGCACGAAAAUUUUAAUAUUACUAGUACGACGACUGAACUUGAACGAUCGAUUCAAGCUCUACAUUCCCUUGCUUGGAAAUUCAUCGAAGAAAUGGAAAAAAACAACUUAACAGACUUGGACAAAAACACUGCAGAUAAUGUUUCAAGUUUAAUGACUGCAAUAAACGCGAGUUUGUUAGCGUUAGAACAAAUCGAUGAUCCAUUUGGUGUUUCGGACAACGUAUUAAACGAAAUUCAAUCGUCAGUAUGUUUCGAUUUAGAAACGCUUAACAAUAACGAUCUUCCGGCAUCAGUAAUUUUAGAUCGUUUGUCUGAUCAAAUUAAAAAUUUUACAAUUGUUGUCAAUAGACAAGUCACUCGAGUCACAGAACAACGUAUUAUAGCUGUGUUACGAAACACAAUCGGCACUUCUUUGGUGUAUAUUAAAACGCUGCAACAGAACAAUUCUAAAAUAAAAUGCGUAGACAUGAAUUUAUUGGCAGCUUUAUUUUCGAUGGUACAACCGUUAGAAACAAUUUUAAAUGAUAUAGCUCUCAUAGAAGAGUCAUCAAUAGACGAUAACAAACCUAAUCUUAAAUUAAAGCAAAUAUUAAUACCUCCAAUUAGUUCUAUUGCGUUUGCUUUAGACAAUCUAAAUACAGCAUUAAAAAGCGAUAGUUCAAAUGACGAUCAUGAUUUGAAAGAUAUCUACGAUAAAAUAAAUAAAUCAACAAAUCAAUUUAUGAUAAUCGCUUCGCAAGGCAUGGACAGUAAUAAAAUAGCUGAGUGUUUCAUAUCAUUCACAAAACCUAUUAACGAUUUAUGUUGUCAUUUAAGACGGUUAGGCAGAUCAACAGAAAAUAUUGUGUCUUCUGAUUACGGGUCAGACGAUAAACUCUUACUAGAUUUUGAAACACUUUUCGAUGAACUGAUGAUGGAUAUUGAUACAUUGAUCAACAAUGUAAAUUUUGUCCAAGAUUCCGAGAAUAAUAUGAAUCCCCUAGGAUCCUUAUUAGAACCUUUGCAAGAUAUGAAAAUCGGUUUAUUUCAAGUUAACCAAGUUUUACUUUCGAAUCAAACCGGCUCAACCAUGAGUUAUGAAGUUGUGAGUUGUUUUGAACAUUUAUCUCAGCAAUUAGUUCAACUAAAUAAUUGUAUUGUGAACCAAUCUAUAAUAGAAGAAACUGAUAAGGAAAUCCCAUUUGAGUCUUCAAUAAAAAUGAUGCAAAACAUUCUUUUUGACGAUGCUAUAGAUGAUUUAGGUGUAAACGGAAUACUUUUUAGUAGUGUUAUGAAACCCCUCUUGCAACUUCAAAAUCUUAUUGUUUCAAAAAUGGCUUCAGUAGAAAGUGAUCUUAGUUUUUCAGAACAUACUGAUGUUACAGGAGGGGCUUGUGAUACUCAAUCAUUGAGCUUGUCCUUGUCAAAUAAUGCACAAACCGUCUUCAAUAAAACUAUCGAUGAGAACUCUAAAAACGGUUUAACUGAAUCAUCAAUAAUAGAUAAAGAUUGUGAUAAACAAAAAGAUAUACAUACAGAUUAUUCUGAAAUAAACAAAGAUUCAAUACAUUUUGAAAAUAAUGUUAAUAAUGAUUUGGUUAUAAAAAAAGGUUUCGAAUGUGAUAUUGGUGAAACAUUUAAAUAUGAAGAGCCAAAUAUUAUAACUUCUGAAGAUGAUCGUGAUAAUUCUGGUUUUGAAGCACUAUUUUAUGAAACUGAUUUAGAAACGAUAAGUGAUUUCGUUGAAGAUAGAUGUAUGGAUAAUAUUAUAAACUCCAAAGUUGAUCAUAAAUUAUCAGAUUUAUUUAUGGUUGAAAAUGAUAUUGAAAUGGUGCAAAAGGAAAUCAAUGAUAAUAUUCCGGAACAUUUAUUAGAAUCAUUAGAAAAAAAUAAUCAACAGGACUUAAUUUUGAAUUCACCAGUUGAUUUAUUCGAUGAACUUCAAGAGACAUUAAAAAAUAUGUCUGAAGUAGCACAAGAUAAAUUGACUGGAAUCUAUGCUUUGGAUAAUAAUACAUCCAGCAUUAAUGGCUUACAAAAACAUAAUUCAAAAUAUGAUGAUCAGCUUUGCGAUAAAACCAAUAAAUUAUUAGAUAAUUCAUUAGAUGUAGCAAAAUCAAAUAAUUCAAUAAUUAUAAGAUCUGAUGAAUUAACCAAACAAAAUAUAAUAGAAUUGUCUGAAAUAAACAGCGAAGAAUCGAAUCAAUGUAACAAAAUCAUUUUAAAAACAGAUCAAAACGAAACAUUAAAAAACAAAGACAUAAGCGUUAGUGAUCAAGAUAUUUAUAAAGAAGGGAAAGUAUUUGAAAUAGAACAAGUUGUAGAUUUAGUAGAUAAUUUCGAAUGUUUAGAUUCAGAUAAAUCAAUAUCCAAUAACACAAUUAUUACAGUCAAUGAAAUUUCUGAAUCAAGUGAAGUUAAAAUAAAAGAAGUUGAUAAUACCGAAAAUUUAGAAACUACAGUUAAUCUAAUUUCGUCCACAACUGGAAAUGUUUCCCAAAUAGUAGAUGUGUCGGAUGAAAAUUCAUCAUUGAUAACCUCUAUAAAUAAUGUAGUGUCAAAAAUAAAUGACAACGAUGAAGCUUUAACAGAUAUAUCAAAUAUCAAAAAUGAAAUUUUGGAUUCUGCGCUAUUGAACAAAUUGAAUUUUACUGAAUCUACUAAAAAUAUAAAAUAUGUUUCGAAUGAAGAUAUUAUGAUUGAUACUAACAAGUUAAAUGACUCGGAGAAACUUAAUUUAUUAAAUUACGAUUAUGAUACAGAAAAUAAAGAUAAACUGUUGACGAAAAAAAUUGACGAGCCAUCGAUCACAGAGAAUUUUUCUCAUAAUGCAUUUCAACAAAAUAAUACUGCCAUAAAUGAUAUUGAUUCUAUUCAUAAUUUAGGGACGGAUAUGGCCAUUCAAGUAGCACAAACUAGCAUAGGAAAUGAAGUUAACACGGAUAAAGAUAAUAAAUUGAUUCCAAUGGACAUAAGCACUAAUUCAGAAGAAUUAAAUAAAGCAUUAGCAAAAUUAGUUGAUGAAAAAAACGAUUUAACACUAGCAACUAAUUUAUUAAUAGAAGAUCGUAAUACUUCGAUCAUUAAUGAAACAUCGAAUGAGAUCAAACAAUGUGAUAAUAAAGAUUUAAUAAAUAAAAAUAAUUGCACUAUUGAAGAAAGAGAAACAUCUACAAAAGAACCAACGUCAUCCAUAGAUUCUAUUAAUUUAAUGACAGUUAUGGAAAAUAAUAUUAUCAAGAGUACUACUGAAAUACAAGAUACUAAUAACGAAAAAUUGAGUUUGGUAAAAUAUGAAUAUAAUGAUUCUGGCGCAUUUGAAAUUGACCAAAAUGAUUCCGACAAUAUAUCACACCAUGAUAUGCAACCAAACAUAAAUACAACUUCUACAACUGAUAAUAAACUAAGUGUUAGUAAUUCUCCUAUAAAUGAAAACAUAGUAAAUCCGAUAACAGAACCAAAUGUUCAUCAAACCGAAGAAUAUGUUCAAAAUUCGUCUAACCAAUUUAUUGAUGAAAUUCAAAAUCAAAAAAAUGAAAAUGAAUUAAUUAAUGAAGAAUCUAUAGAAAAUGCCCAGCAGAAGUGUUUUAAUGUUCAACAAACACACAUUUUAGAGCUAUCUAAUAACGAAGUAAAAGCUAUCGAUGAAUUAAACGAGCAAUGUGAAAUUUUAUCAGAAAUGAAAUUGAAUAAUGAAAUAGAAUAUAUUAAUUCGAAAAUAGUUUUAUCAACAGAUAUAAUUUUUCCGGAAAAUGUGGUCGAACAAUGUGUUUUAGAUAAAUCAAACCAUGUUGAUGGUUUAUGUACAACGCAGUAUACCAUUGACAAAUGUGCUGAUAUUAUCUUACCAAUUACUGAAGUUAUGACUGAAAAAACUGGAUCAAAUAUAUUAGACAAACAAUUAGUAAUAACUAGUACAAAUGUCGAACAAAAUAAAAAUGAAGCUGACAAAUCUAAACAAAAUAUAAAAUUAUGUGAAAAUAGUAGUAAAAAUAAUGAAAUUAUUGACAAUACAGGAACUAAAUUUAAAACUGAUGUAACUAAUAUAUUUGAAAAUUCAGUUCAUUUGACUUUAAAUGAAGAAGAAAUGAGUUCCGAUAAGAAAAUCAAUUCUUGUUCUGAAAAUGAAAUAACAGAAAUAUCAAUGAACAACGAAGAAAAGUAUAUCAAUACAUUAAAUAAGUCUUUAAAGAAUACUUCGGAGAACACACAACCAAUUGAUUCGUAUACAUUUGAAGAAAAUCGUGUUGAAAUACAAUUCAAAGAUAAUAUUAAUUCUAGAAAUGAGCAUACCACAGUUUUAGAUGAUAAAGACAAAAUUAUAAGUAAUUUAGAGCUCUUAGAAAGUAAAAAUGAAGUUUUAUACUUUCCGGAUGAGACUAUCAAUAACGACGACGAGAAAUCUUGUGGUGAAAUGAAAUACAUACAAAAUGAUAGUUCCAAAAUAAUCAAUGAAUUGCCAAAUAUUAUAGUUGAACACACCACUGCUUUAAUAUGUAAUGAAAUUAUUUCAGCAUCUAACGUUGAAUUGAUGGAUUCAGUUGUUAUUGAUUUUGAAAAUAUUAAAGAACAGUAUGAGAUAGAAUUAAAUGUUCCCGAUUCUAAAAAUAUAGAAGUUUUAGAAAAUACUAUCGAUACAAUAGAUAAAAUUAAUCGGCAAAACGAUGAUGAGGAAAAAGUGUCCAACGGUGAAUCAAUAUCAAAGCUUUUGAACACAGAUAAUUUAAUUUACGAUGAAAACAAUGAAAAAUCUAUUACAAAAGAAUAUAAUGAAAUUCAAACUUCUAAAUUAAUUGAUGAAAAAUCUAAUUCUGACAGUUAUAUAGACGAUGUGAAGAAUUCUAACGACAUUUUAAAAGCAAUGAAUAAUCUAAACACAGAAAAUAAAGAAAGAAAUAUAUUGACAAAAUCACAACCAUCUGAUGAAAAUGGGAUUAAAGUUUCUUUAACUGAAAAUGAUUUAAUAACAACUAUUAUUGAUAUGGAAACAACAAAAACUAAAACUGAUAAUGAAGUAGAUAGCUGUAAAACAAUUACUUCUGAAAACGACUUAGCUAAACAUAAAAGUUCAUUUUUGGUCAUUGAUAAUACAGAAGAUUGUAAAGAAAUCACAAGCUACCCAAAUAUGUAUAAUGAAAUCUCGAAUAAAAAUAAUAUAAACCAACCCAAACAUUUAACUGAAUGUCAAACAAAGGCCAUAUUAGAGAACUUUGACACUUUAAAAACAGAUUCAUGCAAAGAAACUGAGUUAUCAAAUAAAAUAAGCAAUGAAGAGAAAUCAAGUAGAAUUGUAGGUGAUUUAGAAAUAAAUGAAACAAGUGAAUGUUUAUUACUCAAUAAAGACAUUUAUUGUAAAAUUAUGGAAAGACCUAAUAUUGAUUUUUCUGUAGAUGAAAGUUCGCAGAGCGACACUGAUAUCGUAAUUAUAGCUCAACAAAAUAUUACUUCCAAAACUGAAACGCCAGAUGUGUCAGUUUACAGCACGGAAAAAGUAAAUGUAAUGACUAAAGAUAAUCCUGAUAAAAAUCAUAGCGUUGAAAGUAAUUUAACUUUUGAAGUUCAAGGAAAUUCAAGUUAUACUAUAAAUGACAAUGAAGAAAAUGAACACUCCAUAAUAAAACUUGAAAGUAUAAAUGCUGAUGAAGAUAUAUUGAUAAACGAAGUAAAAAUAAAUAAUCAAAUUGAUAUUAUGACUGCUGUAGAGAAUAAUGUCAAUCUUUUGAAUGAUACUAUAUUUGAGGACGGAGUUGAUGAUUUGUCUGCUAAAGAAUCAUUAAGUACUCUUUCUAUAGUGCCAAAAUUGCAUUGUAUAGAAAAAAUUGCAGCUAAUCAAACUGAAUGCGUGAUGUUAGAAAAUACGAAUCUAUUGAAACAGAAUGAACUUAAUGUUACAGAAAAUGUUAACCAAUAUGCACAAGUGGAACAUGAAUUAAACAUCGCUGCUAUUGGAAACAUAAUAAUAGACUAUGAUAGCAUAAAAGAACAUUCAAUAACUUCAGAUGACGAAAAAAAUAGUAUAGAAAAUGCUACUAUGGCUCUAAAUUUAGAUGACCAUUCGUUUAAAAUUGUAUCGACGAUUGUUGAUGUUUUAAAUGCGCCUACUAAUGAUAUGAUUAUAAAUAAUGAACAAACUGUAAUGAAUGAAGUGUCUAAAGAUUCUAUAGGCGUGACGACGCUUUUAUCUGAAAACAAAAAUCCUGAAAAUUUGAUGGCUGUAAUAUUAAAUGAUGAAACGGAAAAUUCAAAUAAUUUUGUCAAAGAAAAUGUUCAAAGUAAAAUUGAAUCAAUGAAUAAACCAACAGAAAUAUUGAAUAAUGACACUUAUAAGCAAAGUAAUUUAGUUUUAAAACAUGAGCGAAAUGAUGAAGUAGUUGAUGAAUUACAGCAAUCUUUAAAAAAAUCAAAUCAAAUAUUUGAAUCAUUAGUGUUAUCUAUAGAUGCAAAUGACACAACAAGGGAGAUUAAAAGUGAUGUUUCAAUUAUUGAAAACAUCAAGACAACGAUUGAUGAAAAAACUACUGAUACAAAAGAUGAAGAAGAUAUAAAACAGAAAUUGAAUUCCAAAUCAAUAGAAUCGCCAUCAACAUUUAUCCCAACAAAUAAUAUAAGUGUAAAACAAAAUAAAAUUAACACAACGGAAAUUAUCAAUAAAACUUUAGAAGAAAAAAAUGUGAUGCUAUCAGAUGAAAACAAAAACACUGAAAAAGUUAAAACUGAAUUAAUAUUGAAAAAAGUUGUUAAAACUGAUGAUAAAAAUAAAAAUAUAAAGAAUAAUGAAAUAGAUAACAAUGGUGAAAAAUUGAAUGAAGAUGAAAUAGAAUUAAAUAAGACCAAACGUGGAAGUAAGAAAAAGAAAUCAAGCCUACCAUCCGAAGAUAAAAAAUCACCUUCACCUGAUAAAACAAUAAAUGAUGUGAUUGUUACUGAAAAGGAAAUUGAUAAAACAAAAAAUAUCGAGACAAGUAAUGUAGAAAAAAAUAAAAUACUGUCAGACGACAAUAACGAUACUGAGAAAGUUGAAGUUGAAUUGAGUAAAUCAGAACCAACAAUUCCUUUAGACAAUAAUCAGAAUACAGAAGAAGUCAUUGAGAAAGAUGUUUUGAUUGAUGAUCAAAAUCAAAAUCAAAAGGAUAACAAAAUAGAUAACGGUGACAUACAAUUUUCUGAAAGUGAAAUAGAAUUAAAUAAGCCCAAACGUGGAAGUGAGAAAAAGAAACCAACCUUACAAUCCGAAGAUAAAAAAUCACCUUCAUCUGAUAAAACAAUAAAUGAUGUAAUUGUUACUGAAAAGGAAAUUGAUAAAACAAAAAUUAUCGAUACAAGUAUUGAAGAAAAAAAUAAAAUACUGUCAGACGACAAUAAUGAUACUGAGAAAGUUGAAGUUGAAUUGAGUAAAUCAGAACCAACAAUUCCUUUAGACAAUAAUCAGAAUACAGAAGAAGUCAUUGAGAAAGAUGUUUUGAUUGAUGAUCAAAAUCAAAAUCAAAAGGAUAAUAAAAUAGAUAACGGUGACAUACAAUUUUCUGAAAGUGAAAUAGAAAUAAAUAAGCUCAAACGUGGAAGUAAGAAAAAGAAACCAAGCCUACCAUCCGAAGAUAAAAAAGCACCUUCACCUGAUAAAACAAAAAACGAUAUAAUUGAUAAAACAAAAAAUAUCGAGACAAGUAAUGUAGAAAAAAAUAAAAUACUGUCAGACGACAAUAAUGAUACUGAGAAAGUUGAAGUUGAAUUGAGUAAAUCAGAACCAACAAUUCCUUUAGACAAUAAUCAGAAUACAGAAGAAGUCAUUGAGAAAGAUGUUUUGAUUGAUGAUCAAAAUCAAAAUCAAAAGGAUAACAAAAUAGAUAACGGUGACAUACAAUUUUCUGAAAGUGAAAUAGAAUUAAAUAAGCCCAAACGUGGAAGUGAGAAAAAGAAACCAACCUUACAAUCCGAAGAUAAAAAAUCACCUUCAUCUGAUAAAACAAUAAAUGAUGUAAUUGUUACUGAAAAGGAAAUUGAUAAAACAAAAAUUAUCGAUAAAAGUAUUGAAGAAAAAAAUAAAAUACUGUCAGACGACAAUAAUGAUACUGAGAAAGUUGAAGUUGAAUUGAGUAAAUCAGAACCAACAAUUCCUUUAGACAAUAAUCAGAAUACAGAAGAAGUCAUUGAGAAAGAUGUUUUGAUUGAUGAUCAAAAUCAAAAUCAAAAGGAUAAUAAAAUAGAUAACGGUGACAUACAAUUUUCUGAAAGUGAAAUAGAAAUAAAUAAGCCCAAACGUGGAAGUAAGAAAAAGAAACCAAGCCUACCAUCCGAAGAUAAAAAAGCACCUUUACCCGAUAAAACAAAAAACGAUAUAAUUGAUAAAACAAAAAACAUCGAUAAAAGUAUUGAAGAAAAAAAUAAAAUACUGUCAGACGACAAUAAUGAUACUGAGAAAGUUGAAGUUGAAUUGAGUAAAUCAGAACCAACAAUUCCUUUAGACAAUAAUCAGAAUACAGAUGAAGUAAUUGAGAAAGAUGUUUUGACUGACGAACAAAAUAAAAAUCAGAAAUAUAACAAAAUAGAUAACGGUGACAUACAAUUUACUGAAGAUGAAAUAGAAUUAAAUAAGACCAAACGUGGAAGUAAGAAAAAGAAACCUAGCCUACCAUCCGAAGAUAAAAAAGCAUCUUCACCUGAUAAAACAAAAAACAUCGAUAAAAGUAUUGAAGAAAAAAAUAAAAUACUGUCAGACGAUAAAAAUUAUACUGAGAAAGUUAAAGUAGAAUUGAGUAAAUUAGAACCAACAAUUCCUUUAGACAAUAAUAAGAAUACAGAUGAAGUAAUUGAGAAAGAUGUUUUGACUGACGAUCAAAAUAAAAGGCAGAAAAAUGACAAAAUUAAUAUAGACGAUAAUAUAAAAUCAACUGAAAAUAAUGUAGAAUUAGUUAAGACCAAACGAGAAAGCAAGAAAAAUGAAUCAAGGCGACCGGUAGAAAAUAAAAAAUCACAUUCGCCAGAAAAAACAAAAAAUAUUUUGUCAGAUAAUAAUAACGAUACUGAAAAACUAGGGACUAAACUAGAAGUUCCUGUAGAGAGUAAUAUAAUAAAGGCCGAGGAGUUUGAUUAUGAAAUUUCAAUUGAAGAUACUAAACAGAAAAAUGAAAAAGAAUUCAUAGAAAAAAAUAUAGAAAAUGAUGAGAAAAAACGAGGAAGUAAGAAAAACAAAAUAAGUCCUGAACCUGAAAAAAAAAUAUCUUCACCAGAUACCACAAAAAAUAAUAUCAGCGUGAUUGAAAAUAAAAUUAACACAAUAAUUAUUGAUGAAACUUUCGAUGACAACGACAAACAAAUAUCAGAGGAUAAUAAUCACACUGAACAAGUUGGAACUGAAGUAAAAUCUAAAACCAUUACAGGUAAUAAUAAAAAUAUUGCAAAAAAAAUUGAAAAAGACGUUUCAAAUAAUACUCAAAUCAAAAAUCAGAAUAAUGAUGACAUCGGUAAAGACGAAAUAAAAUCAACAGAAAAUUGUGUAGAAAAAGACGGAACAAAACGAGGAAGAAAAAGCUCACGACCAGAAGGAAAAAAAACAACUUCGCCUGAUAAAACAAAUGAAAUAACAGAGCAUCUUAAAAUUCAAUCACGAGACAAAAACAAUGCCAUAAUAGAGCUAAAACAACUGGAGAAAAAGAGAGACGAAUCGAAGAUUCUAAGAGAAUCCAAACAAACACUGCAAUGUAAAGAAAUCGAACCAUCACCCACGUCCCAAAAAUUAUCCAUAAAUAAUUACGAGUCCAUCGAUAGCUGUCAAUCUAAAAUUUCCUCGGAAAAUAACUCUCGGGUAGGAAUGAACAGAAAACAGAUGAACGAGACACGUUACUUCGUUGAUGUUUUAGUCGACGAUGGAGGACAACGCGUUACGAAAAAUGAGCUAAAAUCGACCGGGUUAGCAGAACUUGAUAACGUCGGUGUACCGGAAAUCCCGAACUUCGACAAACGUCCGGUUAAUCGUUAUAUAUUGGACGUGACAGACGCACAUAAGUUACGCCCGAAUACUCUGGCUUAUCGAUCUUUGACGCCAGACCCAUUGACUUCGUACAAAUCUCCGACGUCUGAUCAUUUGACUUCGUAUAGAUCUCUUACACCAGAUUGUCCGUCAUACAAAUCUUACCUCACACCGAGAUCUAAAUACACGGCAUCUACAAGAUAUGCAGGUUCAUCGGACAGAGAACUAUACGGUGGUAGCAGUAGUAGCCGCAGCAGUAGAAGUAGUAGCCGAUCUAUGAGCCCAUACCCAUCAGAGUCGAGGAUUUCAACCCGAAAUCUUUGGCCUACCAGCAUAGCGGCGUAUCGGUGUCUUUCGGAAACAUCCGUUCCUCUCAGCCCAAGGUUUCUGGAAGAAGAGAAGACUUCCGGUUGGUCACACACGAGCUACGGUGCAACCACCCGGAGACGAAGAGGCUCUGAUAGUUUUCUGCACGAUUCAGGAGUGCGGGAUGGAGAUUAUUAUUCGAGUUGGAGAUUGUCUAACAGUCGGUCAGCCGCGUACGGUGUUACCGAAGACCUGUGCCGUACAAAGGAGGCAUUCAAAGGUUUGUACUUCUGCGUUCGGAUGAUAGAUCAAACUGUAUCGUCUGGCGCUCGAGUUAAGUUCUGGUGUAGCGUCAUUGGCCAUCCAGAACCUCGUGUUCAGUGGUAUCGAGAUGGUCAAAAACUCAACAGUUUUACGUAUAACUCUUCCGCGAGGUAUCAGACAAAAUACGAUGGUGGUUUGGCACAACUGAUCAUUGACAACGCCCAGAGUGGUGAUUCUGGCGAGUAUACGUGUGUGGCUGCGAACAGCAGUGACCGGAUAUCCACUACUGGGUUCCUGACUGUGUAUACGUCACCGUCAGUGUUCAGGAAACCACUGCUACAACCAUCACUGUCGGUGGACAGUUUCGAAUCCGGUUGCGGUGCUUACUCCCGGACCAGUCAUAAUUUGCGGUUACCUGCAAACGCCAAGUUCGAUUUUGGAUGUCGGAAAUUUGGUAGUGACUUAGUUUGCAGGCGCCCUGAAUAUCCAAAGUUUGUAUCUAGCAUAAUCGCCGACGACGUAGCGACGUGUGGUGGUACAAUUGCCCUCCAGGUCCGGGUGCAAGGUUCUCCAGUACCGAAUGUGACGUGGAUGCGUGAAUCUAGGCCACUACCACGUUUAUCGGGCAAGUACGUUUACCUGGACGAGGGUGGGUUGUACACGCUGCUGGUAAUGGACAGCACGGCCCGGGAUGGCGGAACGUACGUAUGCCGCGCGUGCAACCUUUAUGGGGUGGCAGACGCGGAAAAAGCAGUUAGUGUGGUGUCGCCGCAGGAUUACUCAGACCGCAGGGGCGUGAAGCCGGCCAUUAUUGUGUCAAGACCUAAUGAUCGACUGAACGUGGCCGUCGGGGAGGACAUUACCGUCACCCUUCGGGUGGCCGGUGAACCGAAACCAAAAGUCAUAUGGAUGAGAGGUUCGAGGGACGUGACAUUCUUCGAUAGAUCGUCAAAGGAAACAAUCAACGACUACGUGAUGCUGUCGAUCAAAAAGGCGCAACCAUCGGACGCCGGGACGUAUUUUAUUAUCGCUAAAAACGUGUACGGGUCUGAUAGGGCGUUUGUCACCGUCGGGGUGAGGGAGCGUGCGAGAUCGUUGACUCCGCCACGAAUUAGAAAUACGAUCGGCCGGUGGUCGAGACCGAUAGGCGGUAGAGGAGGAAGAGGAGGCUGCGCAAACAACGAGGUUCCAGGCCCUAUUCGCAGCGAACCGACGGUGACGGACCAGACCAACAAUCGGAUAUCGUUGCAGUGGGAUAGACCGGAAAAACCGGAAACCGUGCUCGUGUAUAGGGUAGAGACGCGAUCGGCAGACGAAGAAUGCUGGCGACCGGUUGGCAUGACUCCUACCAACACCAUAGACGUUUAUAACCUAAAACCCGGUUACCGGUACCAAUUCCGAGUGGCAGCUCGCAACAGAUUCGGAUGGAGCCAGUCGGUGGCUGCUAAGGGAUACGUGGACGUGUUUGAACCAAAAUGUCUACCUGAAUUCCGUCAACCGUUAUCUGGGCAAACCAGAGUUUUACUGCAUCACAGUGCAACUUUACAAUGUCACGUUCGAGGUGUUCCGGAGCCGCGGGUGACGUGGUUCAAAGACGGCGAACCGUUGCUAGCGUCUGACAGACAUGCGGUCCGGCGCACGGACACAGGAAAGUGUACGUUGACGAUCGAAGAUGCGGUGGAAGAGGAUGCGGGUCGCUACUCUUGCGAAGCUGUUAACGACCAGGGGAGAGUGUGCACGUUGACCGUCGUCCAAGUGAUAGCCAACCGCAGAAUUGUGGAGGCUGAACGGAGACUUCAAGGGUGUUUGAUGAAGAACAACAAUUUUAAAGAAUCAGCGCCGGUGUUCACCAAACAUCUGAUUGACCGCAGAGUGGAAAUAAACUCUACGGUACGAUUAUCAUGUCAAGUAAACGGGUUGCCCGUGCCGUUGGUCUUGUGGUACAAGGACGGUCAGCCAUUAGACUUUUCGGUAGGUGGAACGGAGGGUGACAGGAAACCACCAGUCAGGGACGAUUCGGACGACUUUUACACCCUGGAACUGACCGGAGUCAAGUACGACGACAGCGGUGCUUACGCGGCGGUUGCGUCCAACGCGAUCGGAAAGGCAUCCACGCGUUGCGUGCUGGAAGUGUUCAACAAGAACCGCACCGAUCCAGCAGUACCUACGUUCAUUUUCGGUCUGCCCACAACCAGUGAAGCUGUGGACUCGAUCGUUUUGAGCGCACAAAUCGAUGCGUUCCGUCCCGUCAAAGUAGAAUGGUUCAGAGACGGUAUUCAAUUAAGAAACGGACGGAGGGUAGACAUUAUUACUGAUCACGACGGAAAUCUAGAACUUAGGAUAGCGUGUGUAACAACUCGGGAUUCGGGUACUUAUAUGUUAAGAGUAUCUAAUGACACAGGUACGGUAGAAAGUCGGUGCGAUGUCAAUGUAGUGGAACGUGAACAUAACGACGUGGGAAUGGAACAGAUCUCUUUGAUAAAUCAUUUAUACUCAAAAAAACCAAAAUUCGUCGUAAAACCAAAAUUUCAAGAAGUCGAAGAAGGCCAAGAAGUAAUUAUCGAUUCAGAGAUCGUGGGUGAUCCUUUACCGAAAAUUACGUGGCUCAGGGAUGGUUUAAAGCCGGGGUAUUAUCGAGACAAUUCUGAGUUUUUGUGCAUAUCCAACGGAAAUCGUUAUCAGCUGAAAAUUCCUCACGCCAAACUGACACAUACGGGGACAUACACGUUAUUAGCCGCUAAUCCGCAUGGACAGAUCAAAGCACUAAUAUCUCUCCAAGUCUACUCGACAGGACACUGCAAGAAAAAAAUGGAAAAUGGGACCAACCACGCAACGGUGGAAAGGUUACCGAGAAUAAGUCGGGGGCUGGUCGACAUAGAGUGCCGGGAAAACGACGGCGUAACGUUUGAGUGCAAGUUGAAUAUCACGCAAGAGACGGACAUAAGAUGGCAAAAAGACGGCAAAUUGGUCAGAUUAGGCAAACAGAUUAAGUCUCAGUUGAUCGAUGGUGACACGGCUCGUCUCGAAAUAUCCACGGUAAGUCCGCUACACGAAGGACUAUACACGUGUACAGCUUUCAACGAACUCGGUCAAGACUCGACGUCGGCGCGGCUGAUAUUGUUGUCAGAUUCGCAAGAGACCGCUAAAAUACCUCAGUCAAACGGACAGCAGAACACCAUGAUUGGUUCGCCAAUACUAGCAGGUGAGUCGAACGAUCGGUGUACAAAACGGUUGAAGCGAAGCAGUGCGCCGAAAUUUUACGCCGUACUACACGACCGAAUUGCAGACAUCGGCGAAACUGUUAGAUUCCAGUGCAGUGUGUCAGGUCACCCACCGCCGUGGUCAUCUUGGGAAAAAGAUGGCCAGCCUAUCGGCGUCAAUAGCAGGAUGAGAAUUCGCGAAGACGACGACUAUCGAUCGUUGGAGAUAUGCGAUGUCACUUCUGAUGAUGCAGGUCUCUACAGGAUCACCGUCGAGAACAAAUUUGGAAAAAUCCAAGCUACAGCACGGCUCGAAGUGUUGACACACAAUCAAAUCACAAAUGACGUACAAAUCACUUCGUCGUCUAACGGCAGGAGACAGUCUGGAUCAGCUGCUUGUACGGGUGAAAAUUUUACACUCAGCUGUGACUUAAGAGGAAACUCCAUGUCUGAUGUUACCUGGUACAAGAAUGACGUCGAAGUCAAGCCCGGCGAUAGGGUGACUUCGUCCCUGGACAAUUUGGCAGCUAGACUUUCAAUAUCGAACUUGGAGUCGGCGGACACAGGCGUGUACACGUGUGUGGCGAGGUGCGAGUCUGGCGUAACCAGAUGCUCGACAGAACUGUGUGUAUUUGACACGAAACCGGGCACCGACUCGUAUCUACAACCUCCGAUAUUCGUCGAGGGUCUUGUUCCUAAACGCACCGCCGACGAAGGAGAACCGGUCCAGUUGACCGUAAGACUCCAAGGCGCAGUUCCUAUGAGCGCCUUGUGGUUCAAAAACGACGUGCUCGUUCCCGACUGCGCGGACUUUGAGUACGUGGUGACAGAAGACCGCGGUGAAUUCGGCCUGUCGAUCAUCGACCCUUUUGUCAAGGACAGCGGCAUUUACAGUUGUAAAGUGGCUAACUCGUUUGGUCAGGCCGUUUCUAGUGGAAAACUCGUUAUAAACGAAAUGUCGUCCGAGAAUCAAGUGCCAAUGGUCAUCGAACUUAAUAACAAUCUACAGGAUGUCGGAGAAAAGACUGCGUGUGAUUCCCCGGUCAACACCAAAGCCGCACUUCCUGCAUCCAUACUCAGCGGCCCAUGUGACACGACCGUAUUGCGUGGCGCCAAAGUAGUCUUGAAGACGUCGUACAAAGGGGAUCCCGAACCGAGCGUCCAGUGGCUCAGAGCGGGCAAAGUUUUGGAGUCCGACGCACAUUUGUGUAUAACCAACGAACGCGGUGUGUCCAGUUUAACGAUCGACUCGAUUACAGCCGACGAUUGUGGCAAGUACGUCGUCCGCGUCGACAACGGACACGGCAACGAUUUCCACUUCGCAUCGGUCGCCGUCGAAGGACCUCCGGACCCACCAGCCGGCAGACCUGUUGUCUCCGUGUCAGAGACUAGUGCGGACGUAACGUGGUCCAGUCCAGCGUACGACGGCGGGUGUAUGGUCACCGGUUACGGCGUGGAAGUCCGACCGUUCAACCAGUCCGAUUGGAAACUAGUAGCCGACAAGUGUCACUCGUUAUCACACAUUGUUCGGGGUCUGGCACCCGGCGAGUCGUACGUGUUCAGAGUCCGAGCGGAAAAUAUGCACGGAUCGAGCGAAGCGAGCUUAGAAUCUACACCAGUUUACAUACUACAAACUGAUUAUGGAAAUACGCUUUGGCCAAAAACGGUUAAUAUAGAAAAUGGUGAUCUGUUUGAUAAACAAUACGAAAUGCUGGAUGAACUUGGCAAAGGCAGAUAUGGGGUCGUGUAUAAAGUGAAAGAACGCGAGACCAAUAAAUAUUACGCCGCCAAGUUCGUAAGGUGCAUCAAGUCAACAGACAAGGAAAAAGCGCAAGAAGAAGUGGACAUAAUGAACUGUCUGCGACACCCGAAACUCUUACAGCUCGACGCGGCUUUCGACAAGCCCAGGGAAGUGGUAUUGGUUACCGAAUACAUUUCUGGCGGUGAGCUGUUCGAAAGAGUUGUAGCUGACGACUUCACGCUCACAGAAAAAGAUUGCAUUCUAUUUACCAGGCAGAUAUGCGAAGGCGUAGACUACAUGCACAAACAGAACGUCGUGCACUUGGAUUUAAAGCCGGAAAACAUUAUGUGCCAGUCGCGGACUUCACACUACAUCAAGCUCAUUGACUUCGGAUUGGCGCAGAAAAUCAUACCGGGACAGCCGAUGCGAGUGUUGUUCGGCACACCCGAGUUUAUCCCACCCGAGAUCAUUGGCUACGAACCAAUCGGCUUCGAAUCGGAUAUGUGGUCCGUGGGAGUCAUCUGCUACGUAUUAUUAUCUGGCCUGUCACCGUUCAUGGGAGACAACGACUCUGAAACGUUCACCAAUAUAACAAAAGCAGAGUUUGACUUCGAUGACGAGGCAUUCGACGCCGUCUCUCAAGACGCUAAAGACUUCAUAAGUGCGCUGUUGAUCAAACGCAAAGAGUUAAGACUUACUGCCAGAGAAUGCCUGAAACACAAGUGGCUGGCACAACAGGACAUGGACAUGAGUUGCGUGAUAUUGAGUACAGAUAAACUUAAAAAAUUCAUUAUUCGACGAAAAUGGCAGAAAACGGGCAACGCAAUACGUGCCCUGGGCAGGAUGGCCACUCUGUCAGCGGCUAGCAGACGCGGUGUCGUCGGGGGUGGCAGUGCUGGAGGAGGAGUGGGAGGAGGAACGGCAGAUGGCAAUGGAGCUAGAAGCAUUUUACAAAAAUUAAAAAUGACCAGUCUAAGAGAAGAAGAGUCGACCGUUGAGUCACCUUCGGAAGGACAAGAAAUGACGAUAACUGAAACGACGAAAAUUGGCAGUUGCCAUAAGGCGUGUGACGAUCGCAGCGACAGCGGUUUUAGCGAAUGUCCAUCUGUAGCGUCUCCGACUGCGAUGCUCAUCCGGACGCCCGAGUGUCCAUCUGUCAUAUCCAAAGAAACGCCACCAGUUUCUAACCAAGACCGUUCUCCUCCACCACCCACUCGUCGUUCUUCACCAACAAUCACUGAUAGUCAUUCUUCUCCUGCUAAUCUUCGUCCUUCUUCCCCUGCCGCUCGUCGUACUCAUUCUCCAGCAAAUCGUUGCCCCUCGACAUCCACAACUUGUAGCCCCUCGUCUCCUCCAACCCACGGUUCAUCUCCUCCAGCCACUCGUGGUCCAUCUUCUCCAGCCGUUCGUGGUCCAUCUUACCCAGCCACCCGUGGAUAUUCUCAUACAACUCACCCCCGUUCUCCUCUACUGCGAAACCGCCAUGACACCAGUCAUCCCAUUCACGAUGUACCGCUGCCCACAGGUACCGGAGUCAGUGUGCUCAAGACGAACCGGAUGAUCUUCGACGGCGGACGGCGCGACGGCAGUGCAUCGUCGGCUGGCAUGAGCGUCAGUGGUGGCGUUCAGCGCAAGGAACCCAUUCGCAUACAGACGGCCGACAAUUUCAAAAAGGCCGUCGCCUUUUGGAAACAGUGAAAUAUUUAUAUUACUUUAUAACAAUACACGGUGAUAACGUCACCCUCUUUGAUAAGGGUGUGUUUUUUUUUCUUUAACUAAUCAUAAUACGCUAUUAUCGAACUAUUAUUAUACAUCUAUUAUUAUAUACCUACCAACACAUACCGUUUCGGAUAGCAAGACAUCUCGUUUUUACUUUUCAACUGUUUAGUUUUUUUUUUUAAAUUUAUUUUUAUUUUUUACUUAAGAUAUUUUAUUUUACGUGUUAUUUAAUUAUUGCCAAAGCUUAGACAUUUAAUUCAUAAGUGUACAUAAUAUGAUUAUCACAUAGCGGUUUGAUAUAAUUAUAUGAACCGUUUUUCGCAUUUCAUAAUGUUUUAAUUAUACAUUUAUACUCACGUGCCAUUGGCCGUAUGCCGUUCAUACAAAUAUUAUUACUAUUUUAUUAUUAUAAUUUAUAUAUAUAUAUAUAUAUAUACAUAUAUGUAUAUAAGUUAUACUACCUAUUUUAUCCAUUAUCGUGUCUAGCUCAUUAUUACAGCACUAGGUCUGUGUUAUUGUUAUAUUAUUGGCGUCAUUAAUUAUCACAUUUUUAUAAGUCUGCUUUUUAUUGUUCGCCGUCGGGAUGUUUGUAUUUUUAUGUUCUUUUUGUGUGUAAACUUUUACAAUAAAUUAUACAUAUUAAAUAAUUAAU